AUGUCUAAGCUUAUUGGUCGCUCUGCCAUCCCUGUGGCUACCUUCCCUGCUGGCCCCGCCACCACCAACAAGGUCCAACUGGACUCUACUGUUGUUCUUAAAAUCAUAAAGUCAGCUUCGGAUGCGUACCCUUCACCAAUAUCCGGCCAGCUUCUUGGUUUGGAGGAGGAGAACGUUCUGUCGGUUUCCCAUGCAUUCCCGUUCCCCCCUUCAGCCAACGACAAUGAGGGUUUGGGCAUUCGAUCCAAGUCUGUGCAAAAGUACCAAAACGAUAUCUUGUACCACCUCAAGGCCAUCAACGUUGACAUCAACACUGUCGGCUACUUCAUCAGCACCAACCUUGGCAAGCUGUUCAAUAUCAAUACCAUUGAAACUCUUCUUUCAUACCAGGCUAGCAACCCCAAUGCUGUUCUCAUUGUCAAUGACGUUUCACAGACCCUGGCCUCCGGCUUGUCGUUACACGCCUACCGUCUUUCUGAGUCAUUCAUUGCUGCUCGCAAGGAGGGCAAAUUUACCACUGAAUCUUUGACCAAGAACAGUCUUUCAUACCACAACAUUUUUGAUAAGCUUCCCAUUGAAAUCCACAAUUCGCACCUUGUCACCUUUUUCCUCCAGUCUUUGGAAGCCAGCAACCUUGAAAAGGCCCCCUCUGCAUCGUUUGAAAACAACUUUGAUAACUUGAACAUCUCCAUCGAUUCAUAUCUUGAGAAGAACAUUGAGGCCAUUUUUGACUCGAUUGAUCAGUUCCACACCGACCAGGGUAACUACAAUUACUACCAGCGACAGCUUGCUCGUGAGAAGCUCAAGAUCCAACAAUGGCAACACAAGAGAAAUGUUGAUAACGCCCAACUUGCUGCUGCUGGCAAGCCAACUCUUUCUCUGGACGACUGGAAGAAUGUUUUCAAGCUUCCUACUGAACCUUCUAGACUUGACAAUCUCCUUGUUUCUGGUCAAAUUGACAAGUACUGUUCCCAGAUAGAAGAGCACGGUUCUACUGUCAGCACCAAGUUGUUUGCCACUAGAAAGAGCUUGAACUUUUAA